CGCGACGCGGCCUCGCCGAUCAGCAGCAACAGCAGCAGCACCCAACUCCGAUCGACCUUUGGGUGUUUACCAUUCUUCGUAGAUCGUAACAUCACGUCGACUCCCUCCAUGUGUCCAUAGAUCCUCAAGGGCAAGUCACCACAUUCACCUGUCAAGCCCCAGUUCGUGUGACACCGAUGGGAACCGAAGUAGCCCCACCAGGGCGAUCUAUUGAGGUCGCUCUUGAGAACACGACGACCUCGGUGAACAAGGAUGCCGAAUCAUACGAGAUGCCAUGGGUUGAGAAAUAUCGUCCGAUGGUCCUGGACGAUGUGGUUGGAAACGCAGAAACGGUCGAAAGGCUAAAAGUUAUUGCAGAGGAUGGUAACAUGCCGCACAUCAUCAUUUCGGGUAUGCCUGGAAUCGGAAAGACAACGUCAAUUCACUGUCUGGCACAUGCUCUGCUCGGUGAUGCCUACAAAGAAGGAGUGCUUGAAUUAAACGCUAGCGACGAGAGAGGUAUCGAUGUCGUCCGAAACAAGAUCAAAAGCUUCGCUCAGCGGAAAGUCACGCUGCCGGCUGGACGUCACAAGAUCAUCAUUCUCGAUGAAGCGGAUUCAAUGACAACAGGCGCUCAACAGGCUCUUCGGAGGACGAUGGAGAUUUACAGCAAUACCACUCGUUUCGCUUUGGCCUGCAACAUGUCGAACAAGAUCAUCGAACCCAUUCAAAGUCGUUGUGCCCUCCUGCGAUACGCAAAACUGAGGGAUACGGAGGUGCUUAAAAGGCUUUUGGAAGUCUGCAAAGCGGAAGAUGUCCCAUAUUCAGACGAGGGUAUCUCCGCCCUGAUCUUCACAUCGGAAGGUGACAUGAGACAAGCCAUCAACAAUCUGCAAUCGACAUAUUCUGGGUUCAACUUUAUCUCACCAGACAACGUCUUCAAAGUUUGCGAUCAGCCCCAUCCCGUUGUGGUCCAAAAGAUGAUGAAGGAGUGCCAGGCGCAAAAGGUAGAUGAUGCGUUGGACGGUCUGCGGGAUCUGUGGGAUCAAGGGUACAGCGCUGUAGAUAUCGUAGUGACCAUCUUCCGUGUGGUCAAGACGAUGGACGCACUUCCGGAAUACCUGAAACUGGAGUUCAUACGCGAGAUUGGCUGGACUCACAUGAGGAUUCUCGAGGGGGUGGGGACUUUGGUACAGCUGGGCGGGUUGAUCGCCCGUCUCUGUCGAAUUUCGAUCGAUCCCAAACUCUUAGCAUUAUAAUGUGCUUUGCCCAUAUGAUCGAUUUCCGCAUAGACCGUCGCCAUUGUAUCUCCUGGAUAACCUUUUACGCCAACACCCCGAUGGGUUUUAUGUCAUUUCUCAACGAUCGCGAUGGAAAAG